UAUUCACUGCAUUCUCGAUCUCUCUCUCUCAUAGCAUCUCCGCCCAAUUGAAAGCCUCAGAAAAUAAAGGUCUCCAAUAACUCUCCUUCAUUGUUUUGUGCUGGUUAUUUCUCUCAAUGAUGAUUCGAUUAUUCAAUGUGUCUGUUCCUAACAUUUAUUGCAAAAGCCAGCCCAAAACGUGCCAGUAAUCGUCCUUGUAAGCACACAACAAUAAUUACCACUUUCGAGUUCCCCUAGAAGAUGAUAAAUACCAAAAUUUAGCAUUUACUGCCACUUUCUCUAUGUCUGUCUGAAUUUUCACUCUCUGAAAGAUGUUUGGCUUUCAAGGGUUUCCUAGGACCUUUUAUUCUUAAUUUGGACUGUUGGUGUUUUUUUUCCCCUGUUGUCUUUCCUGCUUGCGUUUAGUCAUGCUGGGUGGUAGUUUAUAAAAGUGCAGGGAACUAAAGGCGUUUCUUGGAUCUUGAUCUGGUGUUGGUGUUUGGUGACUGGUAUCUGAAAAUGGUGGGAGGCUUUAUUUGGGUUCUGUUGGUGUUUGUGUUUUGAGAUAUUGGUGUCUGAAUCAGAAGGGUUUCUUUGCUUUUUUGUUUCUUAUAGGCAGAAGGGGUUUGUUUUGGCUGUUGUCACUUGUUUUAGUUUGGGUAUUUUGUGGUGGUGUUGGUGAAAAGUAGGAGUGAGAUAUAUAUGGGGAGAUCACCCUGCUGUGACAAAAGGGGUCUGAAAAAGGGGCCAUGGACUCCCGAGGAGGAUGAGAUUCUUGUUGAGUAUAUCAACAAGAAUGGUGGCCAUGGAAGCUGGAGGUCUCUCCCUAAUCUUGCAGGUCUUCUUCGCUGUGGGAAGAGUUGCCGGCUUCGGUGGACAAAUUAUCUUCGACCAGACAUCAAACGCGGCCCCUUCACCCUCGAGGAAGAGAAGCUCGUGAUACAGCUUCAUGGAAUUCUUGGAAACCGGUGGGCUGCUAUUGCCUGUCAACUACCAGGGAGAACUGACAAUGAGAUAAAAAAUUUGUGGAACACUCACCUGAAGAAGCACCUCAUUUGCAUGGGCCUUGACCCCCAAACACAUGAGCCUGUUACCUCUUGCAGCACAACUAUCAAAGCAUCUGCUUCGCUUACCACUCGCCACAUUGCACAGUGGGAGAGUGCAAGGCUUGAAGCUGAAGCUCGGCUGUCAAGGGAGUCAUCACUCUUCAAUCCAGUUCCUGUGGGAGGUUCUGAUUCUGACUAUUUUCUUCGCAUAUGGAACUCAGAAGUUGGAGAAUCAUUUAGAAAGUUCAAUAUGGGUGAAAAAACUCUCUGCCAGAACUCAGUUUCUCAGUCAUCUUCAUCUACCAAGUGUGGGUCAAUUUCUCCCUUCAUGACGGAGAUUGACACCAUUUUAGCUGGUUCCUCAGCCACUGGAAGAAAUCAAAAUGGAGAUAUUGAGUGCAAGAGCUUCAAAUCCUACACUGACGAGAUGAUGGCCGCGAAUGAUUCGUCAAGCUCUGACGAGUUAGAGGAUUCCUCAGACAACACAAUAAAGCUGCUGUUUGAUUUCCCCAUCAACAAUGACAUGAGCUUUUUGGAAGAAGACAUAGAUAAGUAUGCAAUGCCUCCUGCCAUGUUGACAGAAAACUCAUUCAUCUGCCCCCUCUAAAACAUGCUUCAAACACAAGUUGCCUCUGGGGCUUGUGUUGUUUCCUCCCCCCCCCCCCCCCCCCCCCCCCCCCCCCUUUUUUUUUUUCCUUAUUGGUAUUUAAGCUGUUGGAAGAAUAGAGAGAAAGCAACUACUGAAGCCAUGAAGCCAAAUUUAAGAGUACUUUGGUGAUUUUUUUGGCUGAGUGCAGUUAGAAAUGGCGCCUUACCAUUUACUAGGUUUUGUUUAUUAGACCUGGUUUGUCAGUAUAAUAUAGGAGGCUCCUCAUUUGAAAUUUCUGUGCUAGAUAAGCACAUUAGGUCUUCCUUGUACUUAGGUUGUGUGGAUGAUGGAGACAUGAUGGCAUGGGGAUCAGGCAAAUUAAUAGUAACUAUUUUCUCUGGCCUUCUCACCACUGAAACCUAUUGAAAAUUUAUUUUUGUUGUUGUCA